GUUGCAAUGGAUGAUGACGACGAAAGAAGGACAUCUUUCCCUUUGAGAUUCUGUUAUCACCCAGAUUGGACCCAAACCCAUCCAUCUCUCCAAGGAGAACAAGAAAAGUGUUCCUGACGUGGACCAGGACCUGGCCUGAAUCUUUUUCUCUCUCACCUCACUUCUCAUUACAUUCCUUUCUCAUUCGGUAUAACCUUUUGUUUUGUUACUCCUUUCCCUCCGUUCCACAUACACUUCUUCUUACAUUUGAACACUAUGAGGCCCUGGAUGGAGCGCUUCAAGCGCUGGUUCUUCCGAAGGUACAAAUUCACGCGGCAAAGUGUCGGAUGCACCGUGCUAGUCAUCAUCAUCUUUGGCUUGACCUUGUACUUUAUGAAUGUCAUGGCUAAUGUCGCCUCAUACCUAUCCCCUGACAAUACUGUCGUGCCAAAGCUAACCGACAGGCUCUUUGAGGCCAUUCCGUCGAUACAACUUCUCUGGCUGACAGAUCUUGCGGAUGCGCUCAUGUUCGUCCCGACUGUCAUACUUGUCCUGACCCACUACCGUCCUCUCUAUCUCCUCUGCAAGGUCCUCUUGACCUGGGCACUCUGCAAUCUCAUGCGCAUCACCACUGUCGCCAUCACUUCCUUUCCAGAUCCACGCAGCGGCUGCAUGCACUCUACCGGCGAAUUCUUCACCACCUUCCUUUUGCAUCGGUGUGGCGACUGCAUGUUCAGUGGACACACCGUCAUCUUUGUAAUUUCAGCAUUGGCCUGGACAAGCCAUGGCUACCAUCGCUUCCCGCACCGCUAUCGCUGGCUAGCCUGGAUCUGCUUGGCGUUCGUAUGGGCUCUCUGUAUUGGAUCAGCUCUCAUUGUGAUUGCGAACCGCGCGCACUAUACCGCAGAUGUGCUGGUAGCGUUCUACAUCGCGGGCGGCAAUUGGUUUAUCUGGACCUAUAUUUUUGACCACUACAUCGAAGAAAAAGGUCGACUCACAGACCUGACGAGGCCAUGGGGUGAUGGUCCGGAUACAAGACCUCAUAUUCAGGAGCGUGAACACAGGAAGCAAGCAGCUGAUCUUGAGAAGAAUGCGAUGGCAGCUGAACAGGCACGCGAGACGCAGAUGCAACCAUCCGUGACAGAGAUACCAAUCACCACCAGUACUACCAACAACGCCAUCAAUGCCCAACCUUUAAACAAUGGUGUCAAUGUAGCAAGUUCGGUCGGUAACACAAAUAACCGGCGGUCAAACAAGGACGUCACUCUAGAAGGAGAGGCAACACGAGUCGUCCAGCCGCCAUUCAUGCAGGAGGAGGAAACAUUGGGCGAAGCACUCAGGGACCCUAGGCUGUUGCCUGGAGAACCCUACAACGCGGUAAAUACAUGAUAAAUAUAGCUAUUUGUUUAUCCACCAGUGUAUCGAAUAUAUGCCAAUGAUUAUUGUGCUGAGAACCAUAAUAAAAG